UGGAGCUGGUGGCUGGCCUGGUCACACAAAAGGUUGUUUUCAUUCUCCCGGUGCGGCCACUGAAAACGACACUGAUUCCUCUUCCACCCUCGCACUUGACGUGACUCGUGAGGAAUUUCUUGGGAGGGUGGCAGGCUUGAGAAUAAAAAUUCGAGUACUACCCCUUUUGAGAUCUUUCGCCCCCUCCGCCGUCACCCUUAUGCAUCGCUGCGGCCAAGGAGGAAAACGCACUUUGGUCCGUCCGCGCGUCGAGCCUCACUCAUCAGCUCAUCAUACUCACUCACUGAGCCCUCACCCGGCCGUCUAGAGUUACACUCUCGCACACUCAACCCACCGUUGGUCCUCUCAUCCGGCUACGCCAUGGGCUCCGGGGGCACCACCACCACCGACGACGGGGACGCCAUCGCCGAGCACCUCGACAUCGUCGUCCUCGGCGCCGGCAUCUCGGGCAUCAACGCGGCGCACGUCCUGCGCGAGCGGCUCCCGCACCGCGCCGUCACCGUCCUCGAGGCGCGCUCCGUCGUCGGCGGCACCUGGAGCUUCUUCCGCUACCCGGGCUUCCGCUCCGACUCGUACACGAGCACCUUUGGCUUCCGCUGGCACCCCUGGCCGCACGACCGCAAGAUCGCCGCCGCCGAGGACAUUGCCGCCUACGUCGAGGACGCCGCCCGCGCCGAUGGCUCGCUCGACGGCAUCCGCUUCCGCCACCGCGUCGUGGGCUGUGAGUGGCGCGACGAGGAUGCGUUCUGGCGCCUCCGCGUCCGUGUCGGCGAUGGUGAUGAAGAUGGCCAACAAGGCAGCGGCGGCGACGGCGACGGCGGCGUGGUGACCAAGACGAAAGUCCUGGCCGCCAACUUCGUCAUCGCCUGCACCGGCUACUACUCGUACGAGCGCGCCCUCGACGCCCCCAUCCCCGGCAUCGACUCCUUCGCCGGCACCGUCGUGCACCCGCAGUGGUGGCCCGCCGCGGACGACAACGACGGCGGCGGCCUCGACUACGCCGACAAAAAGGUCGUCCUCAUCGGCUCCGGCGCCACCGCCUUCACCAUCCUGCCCGCCAUGGCCCCCUCCGUCGCCCGCAUCACCAUGCUCCAGCGCAGCCCCUCGUACGCCGUCUCCAUGGCCACGCGCCUCUCCCUCGUCGACCGCCUGCUGCUCCUCCUCCUGCCCGCCGUCUGGGCCCACCGCCUCUGCUGGUGGAAGGACAUCGUCUUCGAGAUGCUCGCCACCCAGCUGCUGCUGCACUUCCCCGCCAUCGGCCGCUGGGCCCUCACCCGCAGGCUCAAGGCCGAGGUCCCGCGCGACGUCGACGUCGGCGUGCACUUCAACCCACGCUACAACCCCUUCCGCCAGAGGCUCUGCAUGUGUCCCGACGGCGACUUCUUCAAGGCCCUGCACCGCGACAACGUCGAGGUCGUGACCGACUCCAUCGACGCCGUCGUCCCCGGCGGCAUCCGCCUCGCCUCGGGCCGCGUCCUCGACGCCGACAUCAUCGUCACCGCCACGGGGCUCUACUUUGAGAUCCUCAACGGCAUCGCGCCCGUCGUCAACGGCCAGCCCGUCGACGUCGGCAGUCACUACGCCUGGCGCGGCGGCAUGCUCGAGGGCCUGCCCAACAUGGGCUACAUCCUCGGCUACGUCGUGCAGUCGUGGACGCCCGGCGCCGAUGUCAUGGUCAAGAUGCUCUGCCGCGUCAUGCGCGUCAUGGAAUCCCGCCGCGCCAACAAGGUCGUCCCCGUCAUCGAGCGCUACAAGGGCAUGCCGAGCCGCAUCGCCGUUGACUCCAGCAGCAACUACUUUGUCAAGGCCUCCGACAGGAUACCAAAGGUCACCGGCCAGGGCCCCUGGUACGGCCGCACACAUUGGCUGAGGGAUGCCUGGGCCUUGUGGUUUGGAGACAUGGACGACGGCUUGGUGUACAGUGGCGGCGAGGCCAAGAAGACUGCGUAGCCUCGAGCACCAAGUACUUCGUACAGAGCUCUUGAUAGUUAUCGUAAUCAUGAUUAUAGCCCGUCGUCCGUAAUCGUGGCUACACCACCUCCAUAAAAUAAACAAGUAUUGCACCAGA